GUAUCAAUGUCGUCCAUACUAUCAGUUUGAUUUGAAACAACACAACGAGUGAAUGGUUUCAUCAUUUCAGCCUCGACAUUCUGAACAUGAGCGUUAACGCCCAUAAUGGUGGCCGACGGCUGAGUUACCUGGAGUCGCUGGACGAUUUUGAUUCGAGUGAAGAUGAGACCGAGAAGAAAAUCUCUGAACCUCAGGAUGAGGUGUGGGGCUGGGAUCUCUUCAGGCACUAUCCACCGAAAACGAAAACUGGAUCCAAUGCUGAUAUGAGCUUCUACCAGAAUGCUAUUAAGGCACUCAAAGUGGUGACAUACUUGAUUUUAUUUGCACUUGUGCUUGGGGGAGGAGUACUUGCUAAAGCGGCUAUAUUGCUCGCAGCAGCUCAAAUUGGGGACCAAGCAUCGUCCAAAUACUGCGAUUAUAAGUCACCCCAAGGAUCUCUGACCGUGGAUAAAACCGCUACUAUAAGUGAAGAUGGUAGGAUUUACUGGUACUGGUGUGUGAUCCUGGCAUUUUUAGUCCCGGAGGUCCUGACCCUCCUGACAACGACCUUUCACCUUCUAUUCAAGAAGCGGAAAAUCCCAUCUUAUCUCGACCUCUUGUUCGCCAGCGUUUCUGAGAGUUUUCAUGCAGCAGCAAUGGCUCUACUCUUUCUGCUCGUCAUACCGGGGAUGAAUUCAUUGUUGGCAGCUGCUGUCACCAGCUGUACUUGCUUCAUUCCGGCUCUUCUUGGGCUCCUAUCAAGAACGAAGAGUGACAGCUCAGGUCGAUUCCACGUCUGGAUGAUAGUUGGAGACAUAAUCGCUGUCCUCGCUCAAUUGACCGGAAUCUGCCUCCUCCCCAUUGUUGAGAGCAUCGACGAGACAGCAAGAUGGUGGUUACCCACAGUUUUAAUUUUUGCUUCGUGCAGGUGGUGGCCCAACUUUGUAUCCCCGAGGAGUAGAAUAGGUGUGAUCAGAAUCCUCUCGAACAUGAAAGAUCGUCUGGAAUUAUCGCGAAGUAUUGUUCAGGGGGCAACAGCCUUCUGUAGAAUAGCGGUCUUUUGCGUGACCUCUAUGAUCAUCAUCCACGUCAAAGGGAUUGAUUUGGACAGGUUUUACAGCACCUUUCCUGGGAGUGGAAACUACCUCGUCCGCAUAUCCAGCAAUGUGAUUUCGGAAGAAUCAGACAUCCCAACGGAACAAGUACAAUAUCUUUCCGUUAGCUCUUCCGUACCUCUGCUCAUAUUUUUUAUUCAUGUGAUUACGUCCUUCGGCACUUAUUUCGCAGGCACAUGCGCUAGUCGAUCGCUGAUGCAGAAGUUCGGUCUGGCUAUUCCAGUGAGUCUCACAGUUCCUUCAACAAUAGUAUGUAUCUUCGUCUUGUCAGUGGUCCGAGAAGGAGACGUAUGUGCAUUGCACAACUUCCUUCCCGAUUAUAUAUUUUUCAAAUUGCCAUUUGAACACAUUGGGGCAGUGUCAGAUGUGCUGGAGCACUGGGAGCAGUGGUUGUGGAUCCCCUGGUUGUUCUCCCAAGCCUGGGUGACAAUGCACAUCUGGACACCUCAAUCUGAGAGGCUCGCCAAGACAACUCGUUUAUUCAUAAUCUCUCUCUAUGAUUCCCUGAUGAUUGAUCAGUCCCUCAUGCUCAGCAGAAGGCGCGAGGAGCCCCUGGAGUUGGAAGAUACCAAGGUGAAUGACCGUGUGACCAAGAUAUAUGUCUGUGCGACAAUGUGGCAUGAGCUCGCUGACGAGAUGAUGAAGUUCAUCAACAGUGUUAUUAAGCUCGAUCUGUACAGAUCGGCCACCAAAUUCACCCAGAGCCGGUACAAAGUACAGAUGGAUGACUAUUACGAGCUGGAGACCCACGUCUUCUUCGACGACGCCUUCCAGUGCAGGCACGGAUGUAAAUCGGGCCAAUGUAAUCACAGUGAGAACGACACUGAAGUGAAUUGGUAUGUGAAGGAAUUUAUCGCAGCGAUGGAGACUUCUGUCACGAAGUUGGGAUACCUAGCGUUACCUCCGACAAAGUAUCCCGCACCUUAUGGUGGCCGGCUGGAGUGGAUGUUACCAGGUAAGACUCCGCUGAUCGUUCAUCUGAAGGACAAGAACAAAAUUCGACAUAGGAAGCGAUGGAGUCAGGUGAUGUACAUGUACUAUCUCCUCGGCUAUCGGCUGAUGGAUCGUCCGACCUACUCCGUCGAGCGGAAGGCCGCGAUGGCUGAGAACACCUUCCUCCUGACCUUGGAUGGCGACAUAGACUUCGAUCCCUGCGCACUUAUCGUUCUUCUUCACUUGAUGAAACGUGACAAGGAACUCGGAGCAGCUUGCGGGAGAAUCCAUCCAAUGGGCUCGGGCCCAAUGGUCUGGUAUCAGAUGUUCGAGUACGCGAUAGGCCACUGGCUUCAGAAAUCCACAGAACACAUCAUUGGUAGCGUGCUUUGCAGCCCGGGAGCGUUCUCCCUCUUUCGCGCUCAAACGCUCAUGCAGGACAAUGUUAUGAGGAAGUACGCGACGAUGUCCACCGAGGCGAGGCACUACGUUCAAUAUGAUCAGGGGGAGGAUCGCUGGCUCUGCACCCUCAUCCUCCAGGCUGGCGGGAGAGUCGAGUACUGCGCUGCGUCAGACUCUUAUACUCACGCCCCGGAGACCUUCAACGAGUUCUUCAAUCAGAGAAGACGAUGGAUUCCCUCAACAAUUGCUAAUAUUCUUGACCUUCUCAGCACCUCGAAUCAAACUAGAAAACUCAACGAGAACUUCUCGUUGCCGUUUGUUAUUUACGAGUGGAUUCUCAUGGGGUCGACAAUUCUCGGUCCAGGCACCAUAUUCCUGAUGCUGGUGGGGGCCUUUGUAGCUGCGUUCAAUAUCGAUAACUGGACAAGCUUCUCGUACAAUCUCAUACCCAUAACUAUUUUUGUCGUUGUAUGUUUCUUCUGUAAAGAGAAAAUUCAACUCUUGGUGGCCGGCAUCAUCUCCGCUGUCUACGGUCUCGUAAUGGUGAUUGUUCUCGUAGGAAUUAUGAUACAGAUCACGGAGGACGGGUGGGUUGCACCCUCAACACUUCUAUUCCUCAUUGUUGCGGUGCAGUUGAUAGUCGCUGGGCUGCUACAUCCUCAGGAGCUGAUGUGUCUUGUUUGUGGAAUUAUCUACUAUAUAACAGUGCCCUCUAUGUACAUGCUGCUGAUAAUCUACUCAUUAUUCAAUUUAAAUAACGUCAGCUGGGGAACGAGAGAGUCGAAACCAGUGGCUGCUGAAAAUGACGGUGAGACGGACCCGAAGAAGCCUCAAAAGGAUGCGAAGGAGGAGCCUAAAGAAAGUGGAAUGAUUGACUUCUCGUUCGCCGGAUUAUUCAGGUGUAUCCUCUGCACCCAUGACGACAAAUCCCCGACGGACAAGAAGCUGGAGAUCAUCAGCCAGUCGUUGCGCCACAUCGGGUCGCGGUUGGACUCCCUGGAGUGUGGUGAGAAUGCGAAUCCUCUCAGUCGAAGACACGAAGAGAAAAAAAUCCACUUUGAGAAAGAGAUAAAGACGGGCUUUGAGAAGCCGAAAGACGUUGAGAUGACGAAGGGACAUUCGGGUCAUGAGGAAGAGGGGAUUGGAGAUAAAUCAGGUACUUUCUUGGUUUCCCCUCAGUGGAUUCGCGAUAAGGAUCUGAGUAAAGGUCGAGUUGAAUUUUUAACACAUGAAGAGGAAGUCUUCUGGGGUAGACUCAUCAAGAAAUAUCUUUCUCCCAUUGAAGAGGAUAAGACACAGAUUGCCAAAACAGCAGAAUCGCUCAAAAAUCUUCGUGACGGAUUUCUCUUCAAGUUCUUCAUGAUCAAUGGACUGUUUGUAGUAGCUGUUUUUGUUAUGCAAUUGAAUAAGGAUCUUCUGCAUCUGGAGUGGCCACUGGGUAAGACGUAUAAUGUGACGUUUACAGAGGUCGAGCAGACUGUCCAUAUCGCCAAAGGGUAUCUCAAACUCGAGCCCAUUGGAUGUCUCUUCAUCAUUGCCUUUGUGGGCAUUCUGUUCGUUCAGUUCCUGGCGAUGCUGGUGCAUCGGUUCGACACCUUUUGUCAUAUGCUUGCGAACACUCAUUUGGAAGUCAAGAGUUGCUGCAGAGCGAAAGAUUCUGACGAGGGACCUCUUCAGAGCAAAGCCAAUGAAAUAGUCAAGGCUCUUCAACGACUGGCUGAAAAUAACGCACAUCCGGUAACACCUCCCGGGUCUCAGCCAGUUGCUCAACCCAACAAACGAAAUACAGUUCAUGCGCUGAUAGCAAAAGAAAACAAGACAACUUUAGCUGCUGAUUUCGACACUGUAUUCCGACAGACUCUGCGGGAGCCAGCGACAAAUCACAGGCUGACGUCCAUGGGUGUCUCAGAGCACGUCCUCAAGACCUUCGAACACCGCAGGACAAUAUUUGCACAACGGAAAUCCCAGUUACAGCCCACCAACUCCACCGGAAUCUACCAAGAUCCAGAGGGUGCCAGAGGACAAAUUCAGAACCACACGACAGCCUCGGUGCAUCCUCAUACCUAUGACAACCCGGUGUUCAUCUCGGACGAUGGUACCUCACCGAUUCAGCUGCGGCGCAAACGAUGAGUUUCCGAUGUUCGUGAGUAAAGGACUGUAGCAAAUUGUAAUCACUAGGGUUGCCAAAUAAAAUCAUUGUCAUUUUACAAAUCAUGUCACUACCUCGGUUCCUCCAAUAUAUCCGAUAUUAUAAAAAGAAAAAUCAUGAAGGGCCUGAAACGAAUUAUCGGUCGGAAAAUGGAUUUCCUUUUGUUAUUUUCCGUCAACGGAAACUU